CAGGUGGGGCGUGAUUCUAGCUCCGCCAUGAAAAAGCUCGGCCGCCUUUUCUCAGGCGUCCAUGAUUUUACUUCGGAGGAGGCCCGGCAGCUGCUUCACAACAAAUUUGUGGUGGUCAUAGGCGAUUCUAAUUAUCGAGCAAUAUAUAAAGAUCUGGUUUAUAUUCUGCAGACAGAUGAGCUGCUCACCCUUUCUCAGCUGAAACAAAAGGAUGGGGAAUUUUUUGAAAACGAUCGCCAAGUGGAGUUUAAUGGGUCGCAUUCCAGAAAUGAUUAUCGCUUGGUGCACCAGUACCGCACCCGUCACCACCUUGUCCGUUUCUACUUCAUCACCCGUGUUUAUUCAACCUACACGGAGAGCAUCUUGAAUGACUUCAGAGCUGAUCUGGAGGCUGAUCUGGUCCCAGAUGUUGUCAUCCUGAAUUCUUGCCUUUGGGAUCUCAACAGAUAUCAUGAUGACGUUCCCACAGAGCCCCCGGUCCCGAAAGCUAUCAGAGAAUACUGUGAGAAUGCAGAGAAACUCUUUCAAGCCUUGGACAAUAUUCUUCCUUCAAGCUGUCUCAUCAUUUGGGUUACAGCCUUGCCCAUCAGGGAAAAUGCCCAUGGAUAUGUCAUUCAGGUAGGAGGAUCUGUUGCUUUUUUGGGGUGACCAGUUAGAUCUUGUUGAGGGCCACCUGUCCCUCUUGAGAAUCCAAGUGACAUCUUCUACAGUGAUACGGUGCUUCCUCACCAUAGAAAACAAGCAUGUCAGGGAGAUUGGGAGUGGCCAUGUGCUGGACCAGUUAGGUUGUUGGAUUAAAAGCCAAGCUUAGCUCCAUC